CUGCCAUGAAAAGCCAAAGCGAUCGAUGACAGGACGACAAGGAUUCCUUUGCUACCUUCACGCAUUCAGUUCGCUGUGGGCAUUUCGCACCUGUGCAACACCAUUGGUCAACGUUGACAGCCUCCGUAUUCUACUCAUAUGCUAUCUGCCUCGUUGCAGGCAUUUUGAUAUUACAGUGACCGUUUACCCGUUGUGUAAUAGUUUGUUGUGACGACGUAGGUUGUUGACACAUUGACGUAGACCGGUAAUUCAGCAUCUCUCCGGAUAAAAGGCAGUUGUACCGGCUGAAGCAACACCAGUUUCUCCUGUUUGCCUCCUGAAGUAAUCCUUGUCAAAGUAAGUUAGCCAUGGGUAAGCCUAGAACAACACCUAUCUCCAGACUCGCGCCUUCCGGCGGCUCUCCUGCCCUCAGGCCAAACGCCAAGAAGAACAGUAGGUCAGCAACGACGUCAGCAAGGGCAAACUCAGUGAUCCCCAGCACAUGUCCAAAAGGUAGGACGUUAGCCGGUGCAUUCGAUUACCUCAGUUCGCUCCUGCCCUGUUACCCGCCCAACAAGAAGAUGACCAAGAUCGAGACACUCCGUUUGGCCAUGCUGUACAUCGGCGACCUGUCUGAGGUGGUGCAAGGUUUUCAAGAGACGCCUGAAGCUGGAGGCGAGACGGGCCAGGAGUCGGACAAUGCUCUUUCCCCUUCGGCCGAUAUCAGCCUUCAAACCCCAACCAGCAGCACAAUUAGCCAGGGUAGUGGGAACAGCUGUGCAUCGGAGAGAUGUAUCCUGGACGGCAUAUCGGAGCGCUCCAAGGCCACAUCUCCCUCCAUUCGAUCAUCCCUGUCUCGCACCUCUCUGCUAGAGUCAACCGUCCGACCACGCUCAGUGGCCUCGCCGACCAACAGUGAUGUGUCCAUGGCUGCGCGCAGUCCCAUGAGUCUUGGCAGCAGCAGCAACACAGUCAAGCAACCACAAUGCCAGCCUCGUACCAUCUCACCUCUUCGCCAUGACGUGCUGCCCGCACAGGUGGCAAGCCCUGUGCAUCCGCAGCAAGCCUACCAACAGCAGCCGCAGCAUCUCCAGCAUCAGUCCAUGCAACAGCCGUCUCACUGCCAAACACGGCUACAACAGGCGCCACUCCGUUCGCAAUGCUCUGCCACGGACACACUAGCAUGGCCAGUCACUUCGCAGCAGAAUCAUGAUCAAUGCACCAUUUUCCCAUUUGCCACCACUCAGCCGUCACUCUACUCGCCAAGCGGCUUAGGUGUUCGCUUCGAUUCAGCGUUCCCCCAGACCUCCUCAUCGCACUCAGCAGCAACAACAGCAGCAGCAGUACGUUAUCCCCAGGAGCCGCAACUGCAGUCGAUGUAUCAUCAGUCCGAUCCGAUGCCUCUAAGCCCGUCCAUCUUCUUUCGUGACAGCGGCUUCCAUUGCGGUCCAAACUCGGCGUCGGUACACGCAUGUAUGAACAUGGCGGAUAGCUGGUCAAGUCACAAUGCGACGCAACCCUGGAGAAGCGUGGGAAUGGUCGGUGCAAUUGGCAAUUCAUUUAUGUAAAUCGGAUGCUGAUUACAUGCAUGUAACGGCUUCAUUAGACCUCUUCAGAAAUACAUAGCGUUCAUCUCUCCCACGCAUCUUGAUCACACUGAGUGCCAUUGUUCACAUUGCUUCUGUUUUGACGCUGCUGCUGCUGCUGCUGCUGCUAUAUUGCUCGUACUCGUAGUCUCUCUGCGCCUUUUCUGCACUUUUUGAGUCACGCACGAUUCAGCCCCCUCUACAUUCCAUCAACAGAUCCCAAAGAGAAACACAACUAUCCGCUAUAUUUAUCCAAUGCUCCCAAAUCAACUGUGUUAUACAUAAUGAACCCUUGAAGGCCGCUGAGUGCUGUGCUGCUAAUAAUAGUAAGACUUAUCAAGCUUCUCUCAUA